AUGCCAAACGUUCUCAUUGGUGCAACAGGAAGUGUGGCGAGUAUCAAGAUUCCACAACUUGUUGAUCUCUUCCUUGAGAUUCCCGACGUCUCUGUCAAGGUGGUGCCAACCAAGGCUGCUCACUUUUUCUUCACCAGCGAACAAGUCAAUGCUGAAAUAUGUACAGACGAGCAAGAAUGGGCUAUGUGGGCAAAGAAAACCGAUCCAGUACUUCAUAUUGACUUGCGUAAUUGGGCUGAUGUGCUAGUCCUUGCACCGUUGGAUGCAAAUACCCUUGCAAAGAUUGCAAAUGGCCUUUGUGAUAACUUGCUGACAUGUGUCUUACGAGCAUGGAAUCCUAUAAAGCCGGUCAUUGUGUGCCCUGCUAUGAACACCAACAUGUGGAUGCACCCCUUUACCGCUCGUCAUCUCGGUGUCUUGCAAGAGCUGCUCAAAUUUCAAGUGAUUAGUCCCAUUAGUAAGACAUUGGCAUGUGGCGAUACUGGUGUGGGAGCUAUGGAAGAACCUGCUGUCAUUGUUGCCAAAGUGAAAGAAUUUAUCAAAGACGAAAAGAUAGGGAAAUCAGAUAUACCAAAAUCAGAAAAAUUGGAUGAAGGAAGCCUUAUUUAA